CCUUCACUCUCCACCUCUCUCCCUCAAACACAUGCGUUUGUUAGCGGGCUAAAGCCGAUUGCAUGAAUGUGUUUUUUUCUUCUUUCUUUCUCCAGCUUUUGCCGUUUCAGGACUGUCAGAAUCCACAUGCGUUGAACGCACGCUUUUUUGUUGUUGCUUGACCGGCAUCUGCUGUCACUAACUAUGUCCCUCUUGUGUUGCUUCUCCUUCAGGGACUAUGGCUCCAAGCGCAAGUCAGUAUGGAUGUACGGCUUUACAGACAGCCCGAGGAAAGAGGCCUCAGGGAUUGACAGCUCGGAGCCCAUGGUGCUGGAGCAGUACGUGGCCGUGGCCAACUACGAGAGGCAGGAGAACUCCGAGAUCAGCCUCAAGGCCGGCGAGACGGUGGACGUGAUCGAGAAGAGCGAAAGUGGUGAGUGGACUCUUGUUUUGUUUUUGUGCCACGCAUGCUUCAUUGAACUCUGA